UGGAUGAAAUCAUCGUACUUUGGCAUCCCUCCUGCGGGUCCCUCCCUUAUCUCAUUCUCAGGUGUAUGAUCGUGUAUCUCUCAACAGGUGUUUUGGGUGGAUGCUGUCCCUCUCCUGGACCACUGAGAGGGUGAGGCCUAUGCAUUAUGGCAAAAAAUGAAACCCACAGUGCCAACGCUUCUCUUGGUGAAGGAAAUGGUGCCAAAGAUGAAGAAACUGUGCCUUCGGAGGUGUCUGAUAACGCAGUGAACGCGUCGCCUCCCAAGUCUGUCGGGUUCAUUCUCGACACGAAGGUCGCCGAAGAGAAUACAGACGACAUCGAUGCGGCGAUUGAGGAUGCUCUCGACGAAGGGUACAUGGGUAUGGAGUGUACCCUGGAGCGCGGCUUUUCACUGAACGAGUCUACCAUCGCGAGGGAUCUGCGACAUGAGCGCUACGGGGAGGUGGCUGUCAAGUACCGGCCCGACAAGUCACUCCGCCGGUACAGACGCUCGGCAAAGCACUUCAUACCUGUGAGAAAAUCAACCAGAGCCAAAGAUGAGAUGCCAGUGGAUGAGGCGGGCCUGUACAGCUUCAUCUUCAUCUCCUGGAUCACCAACUUGAUGUGGAAGGCCUACAAGACAGGCCUCAAGGACGAUGAUGUGCCUCUCUGCUCCAAGUACGACAUGUGUGAAUACAACACGGACAGACUGGAAAUACUGUGGAAUGCGGAAGUGAAGAGGAAGGGCAAAGAGGGCGCCUCCAUCCAGUACGUCCUCUGGCAGUUCUACAGGACACGAUUCAUCUUCGGACUCUUCAUCUUCUCCCUCACCAUCAUUCUGGGCUUCAUUGGACCUAUUACGUUCAUGCGCUACUUAAUCAGUUGGUUGUCGUCGGAUGAGCCGCUCCUGGUUGGGUUCUACUGGGCGGCCGGCCUUGUCCUCACGGAGCUGAUGCGUGUCAUCCUCUUCUGCAUGGUGUGGUCCAUCAAUUACCGGAACGGCAUUCGGCUGAGAGCUGCCUGCCUUGGAAUACUCUACAGAAAGCUGAUGAGAAUGUCGUCACUCGGAAACAGGAGCGUGGGUGAGGUCAUAAACUUAUUCGCAAACGACGCCCAGCGCAUAUUUGAUUUUGUGGUCAUUGGCCCCAUGAUCGUCGGAGGGCCCUUGGUAGCCGUGGGGGGCGUGAUCUACAUCCUGUGGCUCCUGGGACCUUGGGCGCUGUUUGGGAUGGUUGCCUUCCUCCUCUUCUACCCCUUCCAGUAUGGCAUUUCCCGCCUCACUGGGUACCUACGCCGGAAAACAGUGACGGUCACGGACGAGAGAGUGCGCAUGAUGAACGAGCUCCUCAACUGCGUCAAGCUGAUCAAGAUGUACGCCUGGGAGAAGAGCUUUGCCACCAGUGUUUCAGGAAUUCGGGGUCGUGAGAGGCAUCUACUUGAGAAGUCGGCCUACGUUCAAAGCCUAAGUCUUGCCAUGGCUCCGACAGUGCCCAUCAUCUCGGCCAUCGUCACCUUCCUGGCUCACAUCGGGGCCGGGUACAACCUCACGGCAGCGCAGGCCAUGACAGUGAUAACUUUUUUUAUUGGCCGAGGAAGGGCUUCGUUCAACAACCUGAGGAAUUCAGUUAGGACGCUUGUGGAGGGGAACCUUUCCUUCGGGAGAGUGAAGGCCAUGACAGUGAUAACCUUUUUUAUUGGCCGAGGAAGCUCUUCGUUCAACAGCGUGAGGAGAUCGGUUAGAGUGUUUGUGGAGGGGAAUCUUUCCUUUGAGAGAGUGAAGGCAAUGACCACGAUAACCUUUUUUCUGGGCCGAGGGAGAAGCUCGUUUGAUAUGCUGAGGUUUUCAGUUAGAGCGUUUGUGGAGGGGAGCAGUUCCUUUGAGAGAGUGAAGAGAAUGCUUCUUAUGGAUGAACUGACCCCUUACCGAGGCCACCCCAAGGACCCGAGUGUUGCCGUCGCCUUCCACGACGCAACACUCGGCUGGGACGCUGUGUCUCUGCAGAAGGAGAAGAAGAACAACAAAAGCGCCAAGAAGAAGGACGUAAAAAAUGACGCAACACCUUCCCAGGCCGACCAACUUCUCCAGCCUCAAGACGGGGAGCUGCAGCACAUUGAGGUCUUGUUUAAACUCAGCCUCUCCAUAAACAAGGGCGAGCUGGUCGGUGUGUGCGGUGGCGUGGGUGCCGGCAAGUCAUCCCUCAUCAGUGCCGUCCUUGGUCACAUGCGUCUCAAGAGUGGACAGGUGGACUUGCAAGGCACCUGUGGUUACGUGGGGCAGCAGGCUUGGGUCCUCAACGCAACCCUUAGAGACAACAUUCUUCUGGAUGAGCCGUUUGAUGCCAAGAGGUACUACAGGGUCAUCCACUCCUGCAGCCUCACGCAGGAUAUUGAGGUCAUGCCAGCCGGAGACAUGACGGAAAUAGGGGAGCGUGGCAUCAACCUGUCGGGGGGCCAGAAGCAGCGUGUAUCACUGGCCCGGGCUUUGUAUGCUGACAGAGAAGUGUACCUCUUGGACGACCCGCUGAGUGCUGUCGAUGCUAACGUGGGCAGUCACCUCUUCCAGUGGGUCAUCAAGCGAGCUCUACACGGCAAAACAACGAUAUUUGUCACCCAUCAACUCCAGUACUUGCCCCAGUGUGACCGGGUUCUCCUGCUACAAGACGGGCGCAUUGUUGGCUUUGACUCACACGUGAAUCUCCUCGAGGACAGCGUGGAAUAUGCUACGCUAUACAAGGCCCACAUGGACACUGUUGAGAAGGAGGAACACGAGAAGGACGAGUUUUCCCCACAACCGAGGCGCAGACGUCAGGACUCCACGAUGUCGACGGGGAGUGAGCGGAACAGCCUGCCCGACAAGUCUCUCAUGGACGAUCUGAGUGACGGACUGGAGGAAGGGAAGGGUGUCGGGCAGCUGAUAUCCGAGGAGAAGCUGAAUAAGGGCGACAUUCCGUGGUCCACCUACAACUCCUACAUCCAGAGUGCGGGAGGUUACAUUGUGAGCACGCUGGUCAUCUCGACUUUCCUCCUCAACGUCGGGUCCACAAGUUUCAGCUCCUGGUGGCUCUCCAUGUGGCUCUCGGCAGGCAGUGGGAACACGACGGUAACGAUAGGAAAUGAGACUUACAUCAGCGACAGUCUGGCGGACAACCCGGACCGCCCUUACUACCAGACGGUGUACGGAAGCUUCAUCCUCGUCAUCCUCGCCACCUCGCUCAUCAGGGGAUUUGCUUUCACUAAGACCACUCUCAGAGCCUCAAGCCGGAUGCAUGACCAAGUCUUCCUGAAGGUUUUCUACAGCCCCAUGAGCUUCUUCGACACGACUCCUUCAGGAAGAAUCAUCAACAUCUUCUCCCGUGACAUGGACGAAGUUGAUGUUCGAGUUCCUAUGACUCUGGAGAUGUUCAUCCAGAACAUGUUCCUCAUAGCCAGUGCAUUGCUCUUCGUGUGCCUGGUAUUCCCACACUUUUUGCCUGUCCUGGUUGUCUUGGCAGUCAUUAUGAUGUUCAUCAGAAACAUAUUCAGGAUUGGGAUUCGCGACUUUAAGAGGCUGGAGAAUGUGUCCAGGUCACCACUGUACAGCCACAUCAGCACGACUGUCAAUGGCCUGCCCAGCAUCAAUGCCUAUGGAAAACAAGAGCUGUUCACCAAAAAGUUCUCAGUCUUCUUUGAUGAAAACAGUUGUGCCUUUUACCUCUUCAACUGUGCAAUGCGAUGGCUGGCGGUUAGGUUGGAUCUCCUGGCGCUGUGUGUGACAACCUCCACCGCCAUGCUUGCACUAUUCCUGCGAGGGACUGUGGACGCCUCAUUUGCUGGCCUGGCCUUGGCGUACGCGGCCCAGCUGAGCGGCAUCUUUCAGUACACUGUGAGGCUCAGCACCGAGACGGAGGCAAGAUUCACUUCAGUUCAGAGGCUUCACGACUGCUCAAAGGUCUUGGCCUCUGAAGCGCCGCCCAUCAUUGAGUCCAACCGCCCAGACGCCUCGUGGCCCAAACAUGGACGCAUCAGUUUCAAGAAGGUGCAGAUGAAGUACCGCCACGACACGCCGCUGGUUCUCAAGGGCAUCACUUUCCACAUCGACUCCAUGGAAAAAAUUGGCGUGGUUGGGAGAACAGGGUCCGGCAAGUCAUCUCUGGGAACGGCUCUCUUCAGGCUGGUAGAACUCUCCGCCGGCUAUAUCCGCAUUGACGGCAUCGACAUAUCCACUGUGGGGCUUGAGGACCUCCGCUCUCGGCUCUCCAUCAUCCCCCAGGACCCGGUACUCUUUAUUGGGACAGUCAGGUACAACUUGGACCCCUUUGAGAGCCACACUGAUGAGGAGAUCUGGCUGGCGCUGGAGCAGACCUACAUGAAGGACCGCAUCAGCACCCUGGAGCUGGGUCUGUCCUCGCCGGUGGUGGAGAACGGGGAAAACUUCUCUGUUGGGGAGCGCCAACUGCUGUGUAUGGCCAGAGUCCUCCUCAGGAACUCAAAGAUAUUGUUCCUUGACGAGGCUACAGCAGCGAUAGACACAGAGACCGACAACAAGAUUCAGCAGACCUUGAAAAACGCAUUUAAGCAGUGUACGAUGAUCACAAUUGCGCAUCGACUGAACACGGUGAUGUCGUGCUCAAGAAUCAUGGUGCUGGAUGACGGGAAGGUGACAGAGUUUGACACGCCCAGAACUCUCCUCGCCAACCCUGACUCGAUGUUCGCCAAGAUGGUUGCCAAAUCAGAAGCUUCCUUCAUAACAUAAACCUUGGCCGUGGAGGGAGAUUACAGAUUAUAUGCUGAUAGAUCCAA